AAUACUAUAAUGAAGUUUAUAGAUGUGAUGUUUGUUCAUGUGAAUUACAAGCAGACAAAUGGUGGACUUGUAAACCAUGCGAAUCUAAAUUCUUUACUUCAUUUGAUUUAUGUCAACAAGAUGACCAAAUCACAAAACAGGCCACAAUAGCUGUUGCUAAUCAAAAAGCUCGUGCAGCUGGAAUGAAGAAAAAAACCAAGAGUUCACUUCCAAGUCGUGGUAAAGGAUCAAAAAUUCAAUGUUCAUAUUGUUGGGCAGAAGAAUCUCCUCGUUGGAGGAAAGGUUAUAAUGGAGUAUUAAUGUGUGAAGAAUGUUUUGAAUCA